UCCCGCCGCCUCGGGGCGCUCAGCACGGCGCAGCUCCGGGCUCUGCUGCAGGACGAGCCGCGGCUGCAGCGCGCCGCCCGCCUCAGCAGGAAGUUCCAGAGUCUACAGCUGGAGCGGGAAAUGUGUUUGGCUUCAAACUGCACCCAGGCCAAGGUGAAUCUGUCCCUGCGCCCACGGCUGGAGGACGGGAAGGCUUCCCUGGCCAUCAAGUACCAGGAGCUGCAGGAGAUCCGAGAGGCAUGUUGGGACAAGCAGCAGCGCCUGGAGGUUUACCUGGAGAAGUGGAGCCCACAGAGCGCCCUGGGCCAGCUCCAAGCCAAGCUUGAUGCCUCCGAAGCAGAGUCAGAGGCACAGAUAAAGCAGUUCCUGGCCCAGGAUCUGCCCCUCGAGUCCUUUCUGGAGUCCUUCUGCCAGAGCCGCACACGCUCCCACGUCUGCCGGACACAGCUGGAGAAGCUGCAGGAGCUGCUGCAGAAGGACCAGGUGCAGAAGGACCAGAGUGCAGUAGCCCCCAAAGCCUUUGACCUGUCCUACGGCUUUGUGCCUGCCUUCCUCGUCCCCUCGGAGGCUGCUGUGCCCUUUCCCGUGCCGGCUGCACCUCCCAAGCACCAUCUGCCAGCCCUGGGACAGCAGCCAGCAUCUCCCUGCUCCGAAGUGCCCAGCCUGGGCUCCCCCCUGCGCCUCGUUGGACACAUCCCCGUGCUCAGCCCCCAGCCCGGCCGCGGGCAGCAGCAGCACCGGGAGCAGGAGCCUCCGCACCGGUAGCGGGGCAGGCGGCCACGGCCCUGCUCCCGCACCCCCCGGGGGCUGGGCAGCAACACCGAGGGGUGGGGGUCCUGUAGGCACAGCUCCCAAGGGUCUGUGGGCAGGCACAUGGGGUGCUCACAGAGGGAUGGAGGUACGUGGUGGGGCAGGUGCCAUGGGGGGUCCUGCAUUUGGGGAGCUGCUGGGGGGAGGUCUCUGCAUCCACAGCAGGAGGAACGGGACAGGAAGUGGGGGUGGGUGGCUCAUAGGGA